AUAGCUCAUUCCACAAGACUUUGCCCCUGUGGCGACUUGCCCUCCUGUGGCGACAAACCCUUGACCCCCUUCUUCUUGCCCCGCUCCGGCCUCUCUCCCCCCCGUCCCCGGCGGCCAAGGUGGCCGGCGGCGAGUGGGAGGGAGGUCCGGAUGUGUAUAGGUAGCUUUUUAGGUACGAUCCUGUUUCUAAAUAAUCCAGAUCGGGUCUGCAGGCCUUCUCAUAUCCCAUUUCUUGUUCUGGCCAUGGUGGCCGGUUUGGAGGUCUGGGAAGGAGUUCUAAUCCCUGGAUCUGAUGUGCUCUCUCCGGAUCUUUCGCUUAUCCUCCAGAUGGCGCCAAUUUUGGGAAUUUUUAAGAGCUGCUACCAUCGGAUUUCGUCGGAGGAAGCGAUGUUGUUGCGGUCUCCUGUUGAGACCUGCACCGGCUCCUUGCUGGUGUCAUGUGACGAGGCUGGUGGCCCAUGUCCCGGAGCUCGGAGAAUGGUGUUCGCGGCCCUACGCCGCUGGAUUUCUGUGUUGCGGCAAGUGUGGCAGUUGCACUCGUUCUGCUACCUCUGCCCAGGUCUCAAGAAAGACACCUUCUAGUGCAGAAAGAAGCCAGCUUCACCACAUGGACAACAAUAAUUGGAUUAAGUCAGGCAUCACUCCAUGGUUUGAUGUUCCUUCUCCUCUGUCAAGCAUUCAGAUUGGUAUUGGGCUUGUAGCAAUUGGUAGCACCUUGUUUUUGUUGCUGCAAAUCCAGUAUCACGUUGCUAAGAUUGAGAAGCAGGGCACCAACUUGGAUCUGUUUUUGUUGAAAAGCUGGCUAGAAAAGUCGAAUUGCAGGAUUAUUACACAACCUUCUGCCAGUUCAAUCAGCUCUUAUCGUGUUCUCCUAGUAGCUCAAGUAAAAUGCAAAUCUAUGGAGAGUGACAAGUUCAACCUUACGGAUCCUGGAAUGCUGCUGGUUCAUUUUGAUCUAUAUCCAAUCAAUCUGAAAAGGAUCUAUGGUCCCAUGGAGCAAGAUUAUUCUACAACUUAUUGCUGCACAAUGUUAUCUUUGACGGAUGGUGCUCAUGUUGAAGAAGCCGUCCUCUUGCUGUUCGGGUUCUUUCACCAGAUGUGGAUGACAACACGCCUGUUGCUGAUCCCCAGAUUCAACAGCAGGGACAUGUUAUGGUUGAGCUCGGUGAUGGUUCACAAAUAUCUACAGCUCAACUCUAUCCAACCUCAAGUGCAUACGCCAGAUAGACCGUUGGGAGAGCCACCCACGGGGCAUCAACUGGUAUGGAGCACAGAGGCCCUUGGAGAUUGCGGAUGCGGCAUAUUCGAAUCCGAGUUGUCAACGGAUGCUCGAUGGCUGAUUGGCUCCAUUGGCAAUCUUCGGUUUCUUCAUGUUCUUUCUCACUGUAGACCAUCUUUAACUUAUUUCGUGCAGCUAGGCACUUCUAUUUCUUGCUCUGUUCUAGAGAGCCAUGUAAUGAUGUACUGUGAUCUUUAGUUCUAAUAUAAUCAGUGUGUUCAAAAAAAAAA